GCUGGUUGAGCACGGUGAGCAAGUCGGACAGGUCAGCUAAGCUACUGCGUCCCGAGUAGAAAAACGUAGCUAGCUAACAGUGUACAACUAGCAAACAUUUCUUGACUCAGAAGAAGGAAAACUCUCCUUUCACGUAGCUAAGUAUAUAAACUCUUAGGAGAACAGUGUCCGCAAUAAAAUGAAGAGGCGGAUACAUUUUGGUUUUGUAACGUUGCUGGUUUAUUCGCUAGUCUCGUAUUUCAAUUCGUGCUCGGCAUUUUAUCUUCCGGGUUUAGCCCCAGUGAGUUUUUGUGAAGAAAGCGAAGGCGGUGAAGAUUGCCAGACUGUGAUUCAGCUGUUCGUCAAUCGCUUGGACUCUGUAGAGUCAGUCCUACCUUAUGAGUAUGAUGUGUUUGACUUUUGCAAGGAUGCCAAGGAAAGCAGGCCGUCUGAGAAUCUUGGACAGGUGCUGUUUGGCGAACGAAUUGAGUCUUCACCAUACAAGGUCAGCUUCAAACAAGAUGUUAAAUGCCAAGCGGUAUGCACAAAGACCUAUAAGAAAGGCAAUCGGGAGGAUGCAACUAAACUGGAUUUUCUUAAGAUGGGAAUGCAGCUGAACUACCAGCACCACUGGAUCAUUGACAACAUGCCGGUGACAUGGUGCUAUGAUGUGGAAGAUGGUCAGAAGUACUGCAACCCUGGCUUCCCCAUUGGCUGCCUCGUUACCUCAGAUGGCCGAGCUAAAGAUGCUUGUGUUAUCAAUUCGGAGUUCAACAAGAAGAACACAUUUUACGUCUUCAACCAUGUGGACAUCAAGAUCACUUACCACAGUGGAGCAUCAGAAGGGUGGAGAGGGGCUCGGCUGGUUGCUGCUACUCUGGAGCCAAAGAGUAUCAAACAGGCAGAUGAAAAAAAACCAAGUUGUGAAGGAGGCACCCCGAUGGAGGUCCCUGGGGAGUUUAAUGAGGAUUUGUCGAUAAUUUACACCUACUCUGUCACUUUUGAGGAAAACAAUUCUAUCAAGUGGGCCUCUAGGUGGGACUACAUCCUGGUCUCCAUGCCUCACACCAACAUCCAGUGGUUUAGCAUCAUGAACUCCUUGGUCAUUGUCCUCUUCUUGUCUGGCAUGGUUGCCAUGAUCAUGCUGAGAACCUUGCACAAGGACAUUGCCAGAUACAACCAGGUGGACCAGGCAGACUUGAUAAUGCUUCCAUCGACCAAGGAAAAAUCCUCUAUACCCUACGAGGACGCACAGGAGGAGUCGGGGUGGAAGCAGGUGCAUGGGGAUGUUUUCCGCCCUCCCAGGAAGGGCAUGUUGCUGUCUGUGUUUCUCGGACAGGGCACCCAGAUCUUCAUCAUGACCUUCAUUACUCUCUUCCUGGCCUGUCUGGGUUUCUUGUCACCGGCCAACAGAGGGGCUCUCAUGACAUGUGCUGUGGUCCUCUGGGUUCUGCUGGGCACGCCUGCUGGCUAUGUGUCUGCACGCCUUUACAAAACUUUCGGAGGUGAGAAGUGGAAGACAAACGUUUUGCUGACAGCACUCUUGUGCCCAGGUAUUGUGUUUGCAGACUUCUUCCUGAUGAACCUGAUCCUUUGGGUGGAGGGUUCCUCAGCAGCAAUCCCCUUUGGAACCCUGGUGGCCAUUUUGGCUCUGUGGUUUGGAAUCUCUGUGCCCCUCACCUUUGUUGGUGCCUACUUUGGAUUCAAGAAACCUGCAAUUGAGCAACCAGUGCGAACAAACCAAAUACCCCGUCAGAUUCCUGAGCAGUCAUUCUUUACAAAGCCUAUUCCUGGCAUAGUAAUGGGUGGUAUCCUGCCCUUCGGGUGCAUCUUCAUCCAACUUUUCUUCAUUCUCAAUAGCAUUUGGUCUCAUCAGAUGUACUACAUGUUCGGCUUCCUGUUCCUGGUUUUCAUUAUUCUACUCAUCACAUGCUCUGAGGCCACAGUUCUGCUCUGCUACUUCCAUCUAUGUGCUGAGGACUACCACUGGUGGUGGCGUUCCUUCCUGACCAGCGGCUUCACAGCAGUCUAUCUGUUUGUCUACGCUGUGCAUUACUUCUUCUCAAAGCUACAAAUAAUUGGAGCUGCCAGCACCAUCCUCUACUUUGGAUACACUAUGAUCAUGGUCCUCAUCUUUUUUCUCUUUACAGGUACAAUUGGCUUCUUCGCCUGUUUCUGGUUUGUAAAUAAGAUCUACAGUGUAGUCAAGGUGGACUAGAGGACUGACUCCUUCGUGUCGCAGUACUGGCCUCCUCGGGGCUGGCUGGGUGAUAAAGUGGUCUGAAUGGCCCUGAACUGAAACCAUCACUUAUCAUAGAAAAGACCCGAAGAGCAGAGCCCGUCCUCUUUUGUGCUUGAAACCUAUGUUGCUAUUGGUUUCUUUUUUUCUAUAUAUAUAUAUAUAUAUAUAUAUAUAUAUAUAUAUAUAAUUUUGUCUUCACUGUUGACCGGUAAUAUUUUGAGUGGCACCUUGAAAAUCAGUGUGGGUUCCAAUGAUCUAUCUAGCUGUCAUAGUGAGUCUGUUUUGGUGGGUUUAACAAGAAAUGCUAAAAUGUUUUUAUUUUAAUUUUCUAAAGAAAGUAAAAAUAUUCCAAGUUCUGUUUUUCUAUUCCCUCAUUGCUAAAUGUUUUGUUUUUCAUUACCUGUAUUGUAAUGAUGAAAAAAUGUGUGUACAUAUACUGUAUAGAGAGUGAGUGAGAUAAUGCUCCUUAAAGAUUGUCACAUUGAAUCAUCUGUAGGAAUUUCUUUUUCUGUUCUUUUUUGUUUAAGGUGAAGAUGGGGCUAUACAUCCUUAAAUAUCAGCCUGUAUUAUAGGUCAGAAAUCAUAUAAAACAUUGACAUCACUAUGAUACAUGUCCAUUCUCUUGUUUUUGAUGGCUACAUUUAAGUUGGCAUAGAAACAAAAGGGUACACUUGGUUAAGAAGCACAUCUGUAUCAUAAAUUAAUAUGUUACAGCAACAGUAUGUUGCACAUGAAGGAUCCUAACGCAGUCCAUGAAUUAACUAAGUGCAUAUGCAACGUUGAGAGGCACCCUUCUAGAUAUAUCAACAGUUUGCUGAAGUGUAACUACAUAAAACACUGCUGCCUUUUGCUUCGAGCAGUGUGGAGUCAUCACCCAAGGUGAUAACAUUUUUACAAAUAAAUGCAAUUCAUUCAA